UAAUAUCCCGUGAUGCAUUUGUUCUCUCAUUGAGUUUAACCUGAAUCUGAGUUAACGUUAGUUGAAGAUCGAAGACACGUCCGAGUCGACUAUUCUUUCUGUAUUAGGCUAAGGAAUCUACGUGUGAAAGAAAUGACAUCAUGAGACAAUGUUGCUGUCCAUGUAGGAGUCAAACAAGAACAACAAAGCGCAUGUCAUGUGAGAGUAACACAUCCCUGGAGGCACGAUGCUAGCCACACAGACCCCAGAUACGGGGCCAGAGGCGGAAGACGUCAAGCAGUGGAUCAAAGAGAAGUUGGCGUGGUCACUCAAGGCUCUGCAGAAGCGCUACGUGAUGACCGAUGCCGUGGUAACCAGCGAGGAUGGCGACGCCAACCUGCUGUGCUCUUCUCUGGAGGCCGUCUUUAUCCACGGCAUCAAGAGCAAAUAUGUCCGCUCCAAGGCCGGAGGACAUGGCAGGAAAGGGGGGUCCCGGGGACCCCUCCCCCAGCCUGUGUUCUGGAGCCUUCUCAAGACGGUCACUCACAGUGACGUGAUCACGGAGCUGGAGAAGCUGAGCUUUGUGGGUACGGACGUGGGUCGCUGCCGGGCCUGGCUGCGMCUGGCCCUCAACCACGGCCUGAUGGAGUGCUACUUGGCCUCCCUAUUCCGUGAGGACUCCAACCUGCAGGCCCACUACCAGCCCUCCGCCCUGCUCCUGGACCCUGAGGAGCGUGAGGUGCUGCUCAGUUAUCUCCAGGGCCUGGCCUCCCUGGUCUUCAACCUUUCGUACAAGUCAGCCGUGCUCAACGAGUGGACCACCACCCCACUGGCUCUGGCCGGCCUCUGCCCCACCACCCAGGCCGACGCUGUCGACCUUCCCAGUCUCACCAAACACAAGGAUUCUUGGGAUACGGUGUCACUGUCGUCCGGCGGGUCGGAUACGGUCGAAGUGCAGCAUGGGGGGACAGGGGUGCUGGGGAGGGUGAUUGGGGGMGUUUCAGGGGGUAGGACCCCUCUAAAUUCUUCUAAUUUGAGCCUGGACACCACAGGGUCAUCUCAGCUCUCCUCCAGCCUAAGCUCAGACAGUCUGCUGCAGGGUCAUGACCCCAAGAGCCCAGACAAGGAGCCCUGGCCAUGUGACCUAGAGAUCUCUGCCAGACUGGAGAACGAUGUCAAUGCCAAGAGGCCUCUUAAAGAUGUUCUGGCAGACUUCAGGGAGAGUACCAACUCCAGUCAGGAUUCCAUGCACGAGGAUUCGUACGUUUCCACUCCGGGUGCAGACCACCUCUCAGAGAAUACGGCCUUCAGCGGUUCUGACGGCGAGACCCAGGGGCCAUUCACACCCCUCACUGGCUCCUCUAACCCUGCUUCAGUGGGGUCAGACCAGGAGGAGCCGUCCACUAAGACCCAUGUCCCUUCCGAAGUGUACUUGCACACUGAAGUGCCCUCCAGUCACAGUGACUGUGUGGAGAGCUUUUCCGGUCCGGGCUGCUCUGCCCCCCAGCUCGCACAGAGGGUGUGUCUCCCUGACCCCCACCAAAGCCCCAGCUGA